CCCUCCCUUCCUCACGCCCUCGCUCCCUCCCGCCGCCGGCGCCCGCAGCCCCCGGCCGGACUUUGCUUUCGCCGCUCCAUCUCUCCUGGGCGCUGCUCGUCGCCCCCGGCCGUGCCCGCUGCUCCCGCCGUGCCGGGGCACCCGGGCCAGGGGCGGGACGGGGCUAUGAGCCGGGCGCCGGCGGCGCGGAGCCCAGCAGCACCGGCAGCGCCAGCAGCAGCCGCGGCCGCGGCGUAGGGCUCCGUGCCCGGGCGGCACCGGGACCGUCCCGCAGCGCCCGGCGGCUCCUCGGGGACAGCGCCUGGGCCGGAGCGGGGGUGUCUCCCCGGAGCCGGGGCAGCGGGGGUGGCRGCUGCGGGCGGGGGGGGACCGCCCCCCGAUGUGUGACAUGAUCGACUCGCAGUCCGCCGAGAAGAUCAGCAGGAUGAAAAAGUUGCGGAGAACUUUGUCGGAGAGCUUCGGCCGAAUAGCCUUGAAGAAGGAAGAUAGCAGCUUUGAUGAGAUAUGUGUCACAAAGAUGUCUACACGGAACUGCCAGGGAAUGGAUUCAGUGAUCAAACCUCUGGAUACAAUUCCUGAGGAUAAAAAAGUUCGGGUUCAGAGGACACAGAGCAGUUUCGAUCCAUUUGAGAAGCCAACUAAUCAAGUGAAGAGGGUUCAUUCCGAGAACAACGCYUGCAUUAACUUCAAAACUUCAUCUGCAGGGAAGGAAUCACCUAAAGUCAGGCGACACUCCAGCCCCAGCUCUCCUACAAGCCCUAAGUUUGGAAAAGCAGACUCAUAUGAAAAACUGGAAAAACUAGGGGAAGGGUCCUAUGCCACAGUAUACAAAGGAAAAAGCAAGGUAAAUGGAAAGCUGGUGGCAUUGAAGGUGAUUAGAUUACAAGAAGAGGAAGGAACCCCAUUUACUGCUAUCAGGGAAGCUUCUCUUUUGAAAGGAUUGAAACACGCAAACAUUGUGCUGCUUCAUGACAUCAUUCACACCAAGGAGACCUUGACACUUGUGUUUGAAUAUGUGCACACUGAUUUAUGUCAGUACAUGGACAAACACCCUGGAGGGCUUCAUCCAGAGAAUGUGAAGUUAUUUUUAUUUCAGUUGCUGCGAGGACUGUCUUACAUCCACCAGCGUUACAUUUUGCACAGGGACCUGAAACCACAGAAUCUUCUGAUCAGUGACACGGGGGAGUUAAAGCUGGCAGACUUUGGUCUCGCAAGAGCUAAAUCAGUUCCUAGUCAUACAUAUUCCAAUGAAGUKGUAACCCUAUGGUACAGGCCUCCAGAUGUCCUGCUGGGAUCCACCGAAUAUUCCACCUGCCUUGACAUGUGGGGAGUGGGUUGUAUCUUUGUAGAAAUGAUCCAAGGGGUUGCUGCUUUUCCAGGAAUGAAAGAUAUUCAAGAUCAACUUGAAAGGAUAUUUCUGGUACUUGGAACACCAAAUGAAGAUACGUGGCCUGGAGUCCACUCYUUACCCCAUUUCAAACCAGAACGGUUUACACAGUAUGGCCCUAAAAACCUUAGACAAGCAUGGAAUAAGCUGAGCUGUGUGAAGCACGCAGAAGAUCUAGCCUCCAAACUACUCCAGUGUUUCCCAAAGAACAGAUUGUCAGCACAGGCAGCUCUGAGCCACGAGUACUUCAGUGAUCUGCCCCCACGGCUAUGGGAGUUAACUGAUAUGUCUUCUAUUUUUACUGUACCGAAUGUAAGAUUACAGCCAGAGACUGGAGAAGGCAUGAGAGCCUUUGGAAAAAACAAUAGUUAUGGCAAAGGUGUAUCAAACAGCAAACAUUGAAGAAUACCUAUGUUCACAACUGAUAUUACAGGAUUAAAUUUACCAGGUUGGAGGAGGGAAACAAAAACCUAAUGAGGAGGCCAACACCAGGAAGGAACCACGGCCUGUUUCCUUUCUUUCUCUAUGGUGGAUUUCACUCAAAAGAAAAUUGAAGCUGGCAAGACCCUGUUUUCCCCUGCAAUUUAUUUAAAACCUUGCACGCAUUUGGAUACCUUGUGAUUUCAGAGAACUAUGUGAAGAUUAAGCUUUUGCUUACUGAUACAUGGCAUGUACUCUUUCAGUCUUUUGUGUUUGAUUUUGUUCAAUUUUCCACUGCAGUGCUGCAUCUUUGUAAGAAUUUUAAUGCUUCCACCAGCAAUGUCUUAAAUACUUUCAGACAACACAUUUGGUGUUCACACUUCAGUAACAACUGUACRCAAAGAGCCAACAGUGGCAUAAAGGACUGUGUGUUUUCUUUGAGGGUUGUGCAUCGUUUGCAACCAAUGGGAAGGGAAUAUUUCAAGUGGGAAUAUUUCUUCCCAGAGCAAGCCCAACUUGUCAGAUCAGCUGACAAUUACAGCACCUUGCCACUCUUCCUCAAGYGUUGUUGGGUUAUUUAUUUUUUCAUUAUCCCCUCAGACCAUUCAUAUCAAUUUAAAAACAUGGCAAUAAUUGCAUGUUUACUUCAGUACUCUAAAUUUGGUUACUCUGCUUAAGCUAUGUAGCAUGCCAGUUUUCAAAAUAGGCCUGUGAGAAGGACAAAGCAAAAAUGAUGAGAUGUAUGCAGCUGACAGAUAUAUGAAUUCUUUAUGGUUUUAUUCCCUUCAAGAAUAUAUCUUUCUUUUAUGGGUCUUGGCUAACAUCUCUAUGUUUUUCCUCACCAGUUAUCUUUUGGAAUAUUUUCUUGAAAACAGAGAUGAAAAUGUUCUGUUUAAUUCAUGGCAGAUACUGAGGUACGGAAAAAAUUACGUUGAAUGAGCCAUUAAAUCUAGCUGUGUUUACUUUGCCACGUACAAAGCAAGGUGGAGAAUUCUUCUCAUCCCAGACUGUUUGCUGUUUCACACCAAAGCACCUUUUGAGUUAUUUUCCAUAGGUAUUCUGAGCUGAUUGGAAGGCACUAUGUGAUCCUUAGUCUUUAGAUAGGUUUUCUGAAUGAAUCAUUCAAAUGCAAACUUUGCAAGAAACUAAGUUGUGUGUGUGAUUUUAGAAAAGGAAACCCCUGGUACAUUUUGGCUGGGGAGAGCAUUGUGUUCAGGGGUGUGAAAAAUCUGCCCUCUUUACAAUGUUUUGCAUUCAGAGAGGACAGGGUAUGGUGCAAAAAUCACUGUUGAGUUAUAGUCCUGCUUGGACAGAAACACUUGCUAGGCAAUAUUAUUCUACACAUAAAUUUGAYAUCCUUUGCUUGCUGGAUGCAUUGAAUUACAUUUUAAGGAAGUGUGGUAACGCUUUGGUUAGCUUUCAGUGUUUAAAAGGAGGGAAAGGAUUUGUGCUACUGCCAUCUUAUUAAACUCCAACAGUGUUUAAUAGGAAAAAGACACCCAAUAAGGCAAAUCCUUGAAUGCACAAGUAGCUACAAAAGGUCUCUUAAUGAACUAGGACAGGAGUCUACACUUUCAAAGAAGUGAACCAUGGAAAUAUUCUCAAUAUUUGCACAGCCAUUAAAAGACCAUUUUCCCCAAUGACAUCUCUGUUUCAGGAUCUGCUAAAAGCCAUCUGAAAGCCACUUUCAGUCACAAUCCUAUUUAGAACUUAGUACAGUUUUCCCCCAGUGUUUAUAAGGGGAAAAGUGACCACUGAACUUCUGAAUUUAUCACACACUGAAACUGCCUUAGACGUGGUUUGUUUGGGUUUCAUGUUUCUUUUUUGUUUUGUAAGAGAAAAGUCUUUUAUACAUUAUCUUUGCUACUUAAAUYGUGUGCAGUUUGAUGAUUAAAAUUAGCUAUUUUUAGAAAAAAAAAAAAACUUGCUGCAAAAUCUGAAGAAUUUUUGAAAAUGUAACAGACAUUUUGAUUAGGAAUAUAAGGGUAGUUUCAUAGAUGCUUCUACUUGACACCUUAAAUUUGAAGGCAAGCAAUUAUACUGCUCAUCUAACCAUCUGAAGGUUUAAUAUAGAGAGUAAUUCCCCAACUGUUCCCACAAGCCUAGCACAUUACUAUCCAUAGUGACUCACACAGUGUUUGCUUAAGGGGUGUGUGUGUGUGUGUGUGGGUGGGUGCGUGUGAACACACAUGUGCGCGUGAGAUUAUCUUCUCUGUCCCAUUCCCACUUUUAAGCAACCACUGAAAUAAAAUUGGUCCAAAAAUCUUCAAACCCAAUUAAUUGCCUGAAGGUAAGUUCAUAARUAUCUAGGUUUCUAAAUAGCAACUUGAUCUUCAGCAGUAAUGAGGUUAUCUCAGCUGCUGAUCAAUAAGGAGUGACCAGGGUCUCUUAGUUCUGCCCCUACUUUCCAGGCACCCCAACUGUCUGUGGUGUCUUGGUUUUGCUGCUCUCCCAAGGAGGCUCAGGGCACUGGGGAUGUUCUCCAGGCACUGAGGAGACCUAGGCUCAGCAGGAUGGUGCUUUUCACAUGAGCACUGUAAAUUAAUCUUCUGGAAUAUCAAAUCUGCUGGGAAAUAUCAAGGKUUUUUUGAGAAAGUAGAAGCUCCUUUGUCCAGGGAACUAACAGCUGAAAAUACAGUCUUACUUUCCUCUUCUCCCUUCCAGCAGAGCCCUUACCUGCAUGGUUAGCUCAACUGACACCCAUCAUUUAGGACCCCCAGACAGCUGCCCACCUCUCCAGCUGUUUUCACAGAAUGGACUGUUUAAACCCCAUCAAUGCUCUUGAGACAGCUUCAGCAAAGAUGAGUAGUGUUACUCUCUAUUCUUCUCAUCCUUCCCAAGUCAGUUCCCCAAAGAAUCUUCARAGUCAAGAAGUAGCCCAGCCUUCCAGAUGUGCUGUGGGUGCCUAGAACAUGGCAUUCCACAUUGUCAGCAGUCAACAGUUGGCUUUAGUGACCAGUAGUCUCUGGGGCACAGUCCUGGAGAAACUGUGGGACUUGCUCAGUCAGUAGCCAGCAGCAGCAUAACUUGAAUAUUCCUACCACUUGGCUGAGACCCCGUAGAUCUUUCCUGGUGAUACUUGAGAGGAUGUGGCUUUGCUGCAAGAUGGGAGAGCAGCCACAGGGCAGCAGAUACAGCAGGCAGAUAAAAGGGGGAGGGUAUGUUCUGACUCUGUAUGGGAUCUGAUACUAAGUGAAGGGGGAAGGGAAGAUGGUGAUAGAGAUGGUCUGCAUGAUACAGACAGUCCUUACAAGUUCAAGUUCACAGAACCUGACUUUACAAGUCAACCAGCUGGAGAUGGUUCAGUCCUCUCUCCUGCUGGGUUCAGAGCAGCUCUAAUCCACACCCAGCAGGCACCACCCAGACAGGACACUCCAAUAGUUCUGACAUUACAUUACUGUAUGGUGUCCUGGAUCAGUUGGKUCCUUUUAAUUCUCACUCUUAUUUUUAAUCAGAACCAUGUCUUAGGACAAGUCAUCAGUACAAAAAUCUGCAGUAAAUUCCAUCUGCAGUAGACAGAGGCACAGGGAGGUUUGCUUUCUCAUUGGCAUGUAGGGGUUCUGCACUUCAGACCCCUAGGCAGAAAAAUUAARAUAAAUAAAUAAAUCUCUGUGGAUUGGUGGGUGAUGUACACCCCUGUGUCAGUGCACACAACCAAAUGUGUAGUUAAAUGCUCUGAUAUGCUCAUAUACAAAAUAUUCAUCUGUGAAUAUUACUGGGUUUGUAAUCUUUGUUAUAUAAAAGGUUUAGGCUGUACAGACUGGGGAGCAAAAUGCAGAUACCCCAUAUAAACAGAAUUAGGUUGCAUUACUGAGAAUAACAAUACUCUCCUCUACCAGCAUUUAGGUGGAGUGACUGUAUGUUACUGCCUUGCAUUUUUUACAUAAGCAAAAAAUCUAAAAGUAAAGGAUGCACUAMUAAUUCCCAUCCCCCAAAAUACAUUUCAAUGGUGCUGCAUACAAAAUUCCUGCUUGCCAGCUUCCAUGCGGAUUUUUGUAUGGUGCACUAAGAGGUGUUCUUUUUUUAACAAAUAAAAAAGGGGAGGGCUGGUACAUGGAAACAAUGUUAAUGUAAUUAAAUAUAUAUAUACUUCAGAAGAACAGCAUAGUAAGCAGUACAGUAAAAUAAAUGUCGCAUUAUUUGUUACACCUUGUAAUUUGUCUGUAUUAUGAAAGAUGUAAUGGUUUGUCAGCUGUAACUGUUGUUUUCUUGUAACAUCAUAUUGAAUAAAGUGUAGCAGAAUCUCUCUUCUCCUUUGUACAUGUGAUCUAGACCUAACCAACAGAAUAAAGCCUUUUUCCUUUUUGUUCUCCAGAAACCGAACAGGGAAAUGGUUGUAAACAAGAGAUUUUUAAGGAAUGAAAAGUACUUGGAAGCAGGCAGGCACUAGAACAGUAAUUAGUUGAAAAGAUUAUUCACUGGUUCAGUCAAACAUGAACUUCAUCAAAACUACAAGGCAGUGCUGACUACACAGG